AUGUUAGCGAUGCGUCGCGAAAGUGAACCCAUCUGCGGUAGUGCGACGGCCACCAGUAGCCACCUGCUGCAUCACCACCACCACCAUCACCACCAUCUGCACCACAGCGGUCAUCAUCACGGUGCGGCGAAUGGUGUGAGUGAUCCGUCGAUCGACGCGUCGAUCGAAAGUCCGUCGGACAACGGACGAACGGUCGGUGGGCCGCUUCAGGAGCCGCCGACGGUCGGCUUCACCCAGACCAGCCAUCACCAACUACAUCACGAGCUGGGCCACGAGCACGAACCCCAUCACGGAGGCUUUCCGACGGGCCUGAGCAACGGGAACGGAACCGCCGGGUCGUAUCCCGGGUUCAGCAGCUUCGCCGCCGGAUUGACAGGAGGCAUUAACCGGGGUACCACUGGGGGGACUUCCCGAGUGACACCUGCGACCAGCCUCGACGAGUACGUCGAUAUCUUGCAGGUCCAGCAAUUGCUGCUGGAAAACUCUUCGACCGUGGCUAGCCUAACCACCGCGUCUCCCACAGCCACCACCUCCACCACCACCUCCGCCACCGCCACAAGUACCGCUCCCUCCACGUCUGGUUUAACGUCCCAAAACACCACACCCGUUCCUUCGUCUUCCGUGGUUGGCGCUACCUCCGGUCUGUUUAACACCAAAAGUCGACCAAAAGUUAACCUCCAGAAAGCGGCCGACUUCCAGACGGCAGCGACCCAGCUUCAAGAAUUCUAG